UCGUCGUUAAAAUCACUGCGUCUGGUCCACAAAUCGUUAUCAUUCAUUCAUUUUUUCAUCACAACACGAAAUUGAUCGAAAAUUUUUAUGCACGUGCUUUAAAUGAUCAUAAUUGGAGAAUUUAUAUCAAUUUUUAAACAUGAGACAGCUUUCCGAAGAUCAUACUAGAAUACUGCUUGAAAAAUUAGCAAAAUAUAUCGGUGGUAAUACGACUCAUCUCCUCGAACGACCCGAUGGAGCAUACUGCUUCAGAGAGUUACGGAACAGGGUUUACUAUGUUUCUGAAAGCAUUCUCAAGCAAGCCUCCAAUGUAAAUCCUGAUAAAUUAAUUAGUGUUGGCGUAUGCUUCGGUAAAUUUACGAAAUCUGGAAAAUUUAGAUUACACAUAACCUCUUUGCAUUAUAUAGCUCCUUAUGCUCAGUAUAAAAUUUGGGUAAAACCUAGCGCCGAACAGCAAGUUUUAUAUGGCCAUAACGUUCUGAAGUCUGGUUUGGGAAAAAUUACUGAAAGUACGCCGCAGUAUCAAGGUGUAAUUGUUUAUAAUAUGAACGAUGUUCCAUUGGGCUUUGGAGUUACCGCUAAAAGUACAGCUGAUUGUAAAAAUGCUGAUCCUCUGACAGUUAUUUGUUUCAAUCAGAGUGAUAUUGGAGAAUAUGUUAGAUGUGAAGAUGAGUUGUUGUAAUUAUCCUUAAUUUUGUCUUUUAUAUCAAUAAAUAUUAUAGUUUUUUAA